GGACCGGCCAGGCAGUGUAGACAAACAUGAUGGACUGGUGGGUGUAGUUGUUCAGGUGUGAGGAACAAUAUUACACCAUCAUGCCCGUCACCACGCCUGUCUCACCCCGGGUGUUUAAAGCCAUUGAGAAGUCAGACAUACACACAUUAGCCUGCUGCCGGGAAGAGGAGAUCAGACCUAUCCUGCCAUGUCUUGUGAGGAUGAGUCUGAUAGCCCCGUUGGACCACUCAGAAGAAUGUAUCGCUGGCAGGAAGGUCAUACUGAGGAUCCUGUCAGGCAUAGAGGUGGUCAAUUCCCUGGUGGCUCUCCUUUCUAUAGAUUUUCCUGCUCUUGAGGUGGACGUGAAGAAAGAACAACAAUUGAGGCAAAAAUUGGGAGGUGGCAACCAGAGUGAGAGUGUUCUUGUACAAAACUUGGCAAAUGGACUCGCUCUGGAGUUUGAGUGUUCAGAUCCCACACGCAGACUUCGACUGCUGCUCUCUGAGAUCCUACUAGUUAUGGCUCAAAUCCGUGAACCACGACAAGAUUUUUACCACAAAACGUCAGAGCUGUUUGACAACCCAUGCUACCUCGAGGAAGUGAGUGAUGUAUUAUGUAUUGCCUUGGCUGAAUUACCAGCCCUGUUACCCCCAGCAGAAGUUGCAGAAGCUCUACUGCAUGUCACCAAUGGUCCCAUACUUAUUGCUCGCAUGGUGGCAAACCAACCAGAUUGUUUUAGAGAAGUUGUGACUGGAUUAGUGAUGACUGGAGAUAAGCAAGAUGAAGAUUCACAAGGUGGACUGUUACGUCUACAGGCAGUGCGAACACUCUGCCAGAUGAAUCCUAAUCAAGCCCUCAAUGUCAGGGCCCUGUGUGUAGAACAGUGUCGCAUGCCAGGCUUGGCAGUUUAUUUGACAUUGGAUGCUGGCAAGACUGGCUUUAGUAUUGCUAGUAGUAGUGGGGGUGUAGGAAGCAGUGUGUGUGGCGGGGAAGGAGGAGAUGUUGUCAGCUAUGUCACGGGCUUACUUCUCUCACAUAAUCACCAGCAACGCACUUGGUUUGCACAAUUUGUCAAAAGUGGCCAGAGGAGAAAAUAUGAACAACAAGCCUCAGCCUUAGUGGCCCUCCGCACAGACCUCAGUGAGCGGUUGAGGAAUUUGUUGCUCUUCAACAGCAAUGAUACGUUACCAGACUCACAAGUGAUCCACGCCACAGCCCUUCUUAGACUCUACUGUGCCCUCAAGAGUUUAGCUAAUCUCAAAUUCAGUGAGGACAAGGAAAUUGGCUUAUUACUACAGCUGGUGACGUGCCAUCCUCCACCAUCAGCUGCUGGGGUGAGGUUUGUCAGCACUGGCCUUUGUAUGCUCAUUGCUUGCCCUUCACUCAUAUCCUCUCAGGAGAAUGAACGUAGAGCCUCAGAAUGGAUCAAGUGGUUGGUCAAAGAGGAAGCCUAUUUUGCUGGAGCUAGUGGUGUUUCCUCAUCCUUUGGUGCAAUGCUCUUGUUGAUGGCCAUACACUUUCAUGUGCAGCAGCUGAGUGCCAUUAUAGAGUUAGUCAGUGCUGCCUUGGGGAUGAAGGUCAUCACCCGCGCCAACAACCUCUCACGCAUCAAGUACAUCUUUACCCAUGAUGUUUUUACAGAACAGGUUGUCACUGCUCAUGCUGUGAAGGUUCCAGUGACCUCUGGCUUGAAUGCUAACAUUCCAGGUUUUCUUCCUGUUCACUGUGUUUAUCACCAACUGAAGAGUAGAAUGUUUACCAAGCAUAAAGUUCCAAUUAAGGAUUGGAUAUAUAACCAGAUCUGUGCAUCUUCAACACCAUUACACCCCGUGAUGCCUCAGCUGACUGAAGUGUAUGUCAACUCCAUCAUCUUGCCUGGCAGUAAAGGUGCACACACAGACACCUUCAAUGAGCCAAUUUCUGAAGAAGAAAUAAUGGCUGUCUUCUCUCAGUCAAUUUUUACAGAGAAAGCUCCAGUGCAGGAUCCCAAACCAGUCCCCAAAACUAGUGCUGCACCCUUCAGAAGCUUGUGUACAAAAAGGUCAAUGCUGCGAGAACGACCUUUGUUCAGUUUGUCUUCAGGACAAAUUAUGCCUUCACCAUCCAGUGUGUCAGCACAGUUGGCUCCUCACACAUCCAUGAUUGGCAACAGUGUGCCGGUUGCUUCAGUGAUGACGUCUCAGUUACUGCUGCUGUACUAUCUUCUGUUGUACGAAGACGUGCGGCUCAAUAAUACACACCAGCUGCUGGCAAACAGUCGCCGUGUACACUCUUACUCUCCUCACUUGUUUGCUCAGCUCCCUAUUAGAUAUCUACUCUCCCAUGCGCAAAAGGAACAAAGAUUAUAUGCAGGUUUAUUUUCUCCUUUGGUUAAGUUGUUGGUGAGUCAUUACCCACAGCUGUGUCUGGUGGAGGACUGGCUCUACCAAAGUCCCUCUGCUAACUCAAGCCUUGGUAUCCUACCUCCAAGAGUGCCGCUGGAUCCUCAGUCUGUUAGCCGGGCAAUGGAAGAUGCAGCAGACAAGCCCGGUCGACUGUUGGUACUGCUCGACCGCCUAAUGAGAAUGCCACCUCAUCAGCUCUGGCCACUUGCUGCCCCCAUCACAGCUUCCAUCAAGUGCCUACUACAGCCAGGAGUACCUCGGAAGGUGUUAGAUACAUACAGACAAGUGUGGAUGCGCCUGAACUCACUGUUUCCUCGUCGCCUUUGGGCAAUGACUGUGGAGGGACUCCUGCCAGAAGAAACUCAAGGCAGGUCACGCAAGAUGCUCACUGAAGACGAUAUAAUUCUCGACCCUUUGUAUGUACUGAGAUGUGCUGAUAAAGUUUAUAGAUGUGCACCCCUCCUGCAACUGGUGAUGUAUAUGCUACAAGUGUACCUGCUGUCCUCCCGCACCUUCCUCUCACAACAGAUGCAAAAUACACCUGUAGUGAGCAGUCCCCACAGUCUAGUAGGAGGAAACAACAAUAAUGCUCCUCAAGCUUUGGAAGAAGAAAGGGAAAAGCUGCGAGGUGCUCUUGUCCUCACUCAGGAGAGCAGCGCUGUGCAGAUUCUGCUGGAGGCCUGUUUAAUGAAGGACUACGAGAAGGUGGGCAGAAUUUCUGAUGGUGCUGGAGCUCUGGCUCUUCAGGAGAUAAGAAGUAUUGUGUGUUCAUACAUCCAUCAAGCAUUCCUCAAGGAUACAACUUUAGCCAAGUUGGUCCACUUUCAGGGUUACCCCGGAGAGUUACUCGGUCCAGUGGUACGAGGAGUCCCAUCUAUGCAUAUCGCAAUUGGUCUUAACUGGAUCCCAGAACUUCUCCAGCUGCCAGACUUGGACAAACAGUUGUUUGCUGUUGAGUUAACUUCUCAUUUGGCUCUCCAGAAUGCCAUGCCAUCUACACUCAGCAUAUCACGACUAGGAAUUAACACCAUGGCUACACUUCUCUCAGUUCUUGGUGAAGAAGAGAGAAUUAUGAUCAUGGAAGCAUCACUUCCAUCAUUGGUGGGUAUUGGCAGAGCAUUUCCGGCACUUACAGAUGAUCUCGUGCACUUACUGGUCAUGUAUGGCCGGGUAUCUACUGCUCAGUCUGCUCUCUCGGCAGCACCAGCUCCCAAAUCUAUUGCAUUUUUAGACACACUUGAUGAGGAGACAAAAGAUUCAGCAGAGCACAAGAUGGAUUAUGAAGAGACUCUGCCUCCAGGUAGUCUCUCACCCCAGACUCUCCGCAAGCACCUGGUUCGCAAGGUUCCUCGUGAAGACAGUCUUUAUGCCCGGAUAAUAGCGGCCUUUAGGAAGAUCGUAGCAGAGAGCUCGAUGACCCAUAAUUUAUAUUAAAAUUGAAGUUUGUUUUUAUUAUACUGUAGUUAUAUUUGAUGUACAAAACAAUACAUAACAUAAUUUUAUAUUAGUUGGUCUAGGAAAACUUGAGAGUUUUGUUAUAUGCUUAAUGUAAAGAAAGGCUUUUGUUUUUAAUGACCAUGUAUUUGUAUGUGAAAUAUAAAGUGUAGGAAAGAAA